AGGCAGCCCCGCCGUUAAGCAGUAGGAGGAGGAGUCUCUCUGCGUUGCUUGAGAGAGACAAACAAUCAGAAGCUGGAAGGGUGGGAACGCUCCACUCUUGCUCGGAGGUUGCCGAGGGGACGGUCAUUGGUAGGACGCCAAGAUGGCGGCCUCUUUUCUAAUUAGGUCUGGCCGUGUCGCGGCGUUCAAGACUUUACAACUGCAAGCAUGGGAGCUUCGAAGUCUGCCUUCCACUGUCUGUCUCUGCACCAAAUCAGAGGGCUCUAAAAAAAGCUCAACAAAAGGCUCAACAAAAAAUAAAGGUGAUACCCUUAUUAGCACUAAACCUGGUGAAGCUUUAAAACUAACCGAUGAAGAUCUGAGGAAAUACUUGGCAAACAAAACUUUGGUAACAUUUCCUCAGAGAACAAAGCUUCCUUCUCUUGAGAGGGAGUCUGUUUUCUCCUCCACAAGAGGCUUGGAUAAGAGGUUGGCAGACGAAGAGUCAUCCUCUUCGUCAAGCUCUGAUUCAGAUUCUAGCUCAGAUUCUGAAGAGGAAGAUAAUGCUCUGAAAGAUACCAUAAAAACCAAAGUGUCCUUUCCAAGACGAGAUCCCAUCUCUUCUGAGAACGCAACAGUGAAGGUAAAGAUAAGUGAAAAGCACUUUCCCCAAGAUGACAGUGCACUUGAGAAGCCCCCUUACAGUACAAGAAUCACAAAGUCCCCAGUCGAACAAAAGGGAUUUUAUGAGACAACAGCUGAUGAUAAACUAAGACCAGUAUUGACAAAUGAUACCACAAAACAAAGGCCGACAGAAAGGCAUUUAAGGAAUGUGGACUUGGGAAUGAAAACUGUAAAGACUCAAAUGCCAACAGAAAUUGCAUCUAAGCAGCUUGGGGCAUCUUUCCCUGAAGGAACCCCAAGUAAACUAUCCAGAAUUCCGUCAGUGCCUCAAAGUGUAGCACAAAAUCCAGCUUUGCUGAGACAGGAAGAUGAUGCGGCAAAGGGGCUCCGGGAUACUGAAAUACAACAAAGAACUGCCACUGUAGUACAAGAGGCGGCUUUGACUGACAGAGUGCCAGUAGCAAAAACCACAAUGGAGGAGGCAGUCAUCCAAGAAGCAGAAGUUCAGACUGAACAGCAAAGCACUACACAGGAGGCCAAGCCAACUGUUGAACCUGUGGAGGCCAAGCCAACAAUUGAAACUGCUCAAGAGGUAUUUGACAUAUCUACCUACAAGAAUCUGCAACAUCAUACAUAUACACCAUUUACCUUUGUGGAUUUUGAUGUUCAGCUCUCCAAAUUCAGGCUGCCUCAGCCAUCAUCUGGGAGACAAACCUAAUUCUCACAAUGAAACAUAAUUAAACUACUUCAAAUGAG